AUGGAAUCCGAGUUAGAUACAAUCACAUCGGAUGUUCUGAAUGCUGUCAAUUGUUCUGAUUUGCCGCCUCACCAGUUGACUCUUAAAGAAGAUGUACCAGUUAUGUUACUACGACACAUUGAUCAAUCAAAUGGGUUAUGCAAUGGAACAAGAUUACAUGUACACAAGUUGGGCAAUUAUGUUGUUGAAUGCAUUACAUUAACUGGUGAAAAAGCAAGACAAGUGGUUCUAAUACCACGCAUGAACAUGAUACCCAAUAAUCAAACUAUUCCAUUUAAGUUUCAGAGGAGACAAUUUCCAUUAAUUGUCUCAUUUUUUAUGACUAUUAAUAAGUCUCAAGGUCAAAUUUUGACAACUGUUGUUUUAUAUUUGCCCAAGCCUGUUUUUACACACAGUCAACUUUAUGUUGCUCUUUCAAGAGUAACAUCAAAAUAUGGGUUACGAGUAUUAAUUGAGAAUAAUUUUACCAGAUUAAAAGAUACAACCAUUAACGUGGUUUAUAGAGAAGUUUUUCAAAAUGUCUGUUGA